AUCGCAAUUGAGCGAGCAGGCCUUGACUUUAACUUCACACCGCACCCCCCAAGUCUUGGAGCGCCGUUUCCGCCCCAAAACUGCCGCCAUGGUCACUAAGAGUAAACUACGGCUGGCUCUUGCCGCCGAGAAGGGCGUCGACUUCAACAAAGUGAAGCAAGAGAAGCAGCACAAAGCCGCCCUCAAGCGCAAGCGAGCAGAGGUCGAACAGGAGGCCCAAGAUCCGCAGCCCGAAGAACCGGAGAAAGGGGAGAGUCUUGACGACGAGGACGAGGAUGAAGACGAGGAAGAGGAUGCACAGGCCACAUUGAAUCUGGAUGGGGUGGACGACAGCGACACUUCGGAGUCAUCCAUCGAGCUCGAGGAGAAGAUAACAAGAGUAAAGAAGCCAUCGGUUACAAGGCGAGUGCCGUCUGCCGACGAUGAUAGGCAAGACGAAGAUGACGACAGCGACGAGGAUAUACCCGUGUCGGACCUGGAGGACCUCGACGAUGAGGACAAAGAAGACCUCAUUCCCCACAGCCGCCUCACCAUCAACAACACAGCCGCCUUGCAGGCCGUGCUCGACCGCAUAGCCCUCCCGACAGACAAGUCUGUUCCUUUCGCAUCGCAUCAGACUAUCCUCGCCACUGCCGACACGGCCGACUCAAUCCCUGAUGUGUCCGACGAUCUCCAGCGCGAGCUGGCAUUCUACACGCAAUGCCGAGACGCCGCCCUCAGCGGGCGCUCCAAGCUCCUAGCGGAAGGCGUCCCCUUCUCCCGGCCCAAGGAUUACUUCGCCGAGAUGGUCAAGGAGGAUGCGCACAUGGACAAGGUCAAGGCCAAGCUGCUUGAGGAGGCGUCCGCCAAGAAGGCAGCCGCCGAGGCCCGCAAGCUGCGCGAUCUCAAGAAGUUUGGCAAGCAGGUUCAGGUCGCUAAGCUACAGGAACGCCAGAAGGAGAAACGUGAGACACUUGAGAAGAUUAAGACGCUUAAGAGAAAGCGCCAAGAGUCUGGCGGCGACUUGGGCACUAAUGAGGCUGACAUGUUUGACGUCGGCGUCGAGAGCGAGCUGGCCAAGCACUCCCAACGCAGCGCCGGCAAGGGGAAGCAGUCGCAGUCCCAUAACACCAAGCGUCAAAAGAAGAAUGAAAAGUUUGGCUUCGGCGGCAAGAAGCGCCAUGCCAAGUCGGGCGACGCCCUUAGCUCAGGCGAUCUCUCCGGCUUCAAUGCUAAACAGAUGAAAGCGUCGUCGGGUCGGCCGAAGGGGAAGGCGCAGCGGCCCGGCAAGGCUAGGAGAAAGGCGAUGGGCACGCGGUAAAGGCUUGAACCUGAUGGGCCUGGCUAAGCCGGAGACCUAAUGCAUUGUGUUUUCCCAGCCACUAAUAUGCUACAUUGUGUAGGGUUGGAUACCCACGAGCAUGUCAAGCAUGUAGAUGAAGCCAAUCAAAGCAAAUCCAGGAGCCAGCCAUUCGCGCCGCCAUAGUAUGGCGGUCUGAGGCACACUGUCACGGGUAAACUUCGAUUUACUGAUUGACUCGUCUCACAUGGGAUCGCCCUUAUUCGGUGUGGAUGUGCAUUCACAAUGUACUAUCAGAAAAGGUCCGUCCAUCUAAAUGACGAUGAAUCUGAAGCAGACAGGGAGGAGCUACUGGCAAAGGAAGCAGGCUGUGUGUAAAUUCUUGCGAGCUACUACGUACACGCAUGAGACUACAAUCCUGGACGCGUGUUCGUGGUGUGCUUCAUGAGGUCGUUGUUCUCUCUAGGACGUUAAGGAAUAUGUAAAGACUUUCGAUGACUACCCUCUCCCGUGCUUCUCCUUGG